AUGAAUCAAGAUUUCUUCAAGAAUCUACCAUUAGAAAUCACCAUCAACAUCCUCUCACGGCUCCCUCUCCGAAGCAAAUCAAUCAGCAAAUGCGUCUGCAAACCAUGGCUCAAUCUGAUCGAGUCCGACGAUUUCGUCAAAUCCGAAAUCAAAACCCCACCCGCCCUAGUUCUGUUGAUGCCGGAGACGAGCAACUCAACUCAGUGCACCAUUAUCGAAUUUGAAGACGAAGACGAAGAAGCAGAUCUGGAGAGCUAUGCUCUUGCUCUUCAAUUCCGUCACCUCACAGAUAUCGAAAUCCCUCACGGAAACUCAGUCAUUGGUAUCAAUGGGGGCGCUUCCGACACUCAUCAUGUAUACACUCUCGGAACAGGAACAUGGAGGCGUGUUGGAGCCGGCCCCGCUUCUGGCUGCACAUUUUCAUACCAUGCAUACACUGUAUGCAAUGGCAACCCCCACUGGGUAGUGUAUGAUUCAGCUCAAACCUUAUGGAUCUAUGCUUUUGAUGUUGAAACAGAAUGUUUUAGCAUCUUCUCUGCUCCCGCAGUAGAUGAACUUAUUGUUGAUGGUGAACUUCCUUUGGAUAUGAAGUUGAAUGUUUUGAGGGGCUGCCUUUCUUUGUCUUACACAUUAGACAAAGAACUCGUCGUCAUCUGGUUGAUGAAGGAAUACCAAGUCAAGGAAUCUUGGACCAUGGAGUACUAG